AUAAUAUUUUGUUAAAAUAUUAUUUCAAGAAAACAAAAAUAAAAAUAACAACUCUUUUCCAAUCGUCUGCUACACAAAUUCAACAUUUCAACGAUCUUGUUCCUCUUCAAUCACCCCUCAAAAUCAAUAAUUUCAUCAAUCUUCAAAUCACCCACAACUGUCUUAAUCCAACAUCUCAUAAUCUUGCUGCUAAUUUUCAAUUUAUUCGCGUUCUUUAGCCCCAAUUUCUCGAUUGAUCCCUUCAAUCUUUCAACCCAUUUAUGGGUUUUUGAUUCUUCAAUUCACAAACCCAUUUCACACUUCAAACAAUCUCCAAUACCCUUUUACAGAUUCCCUUAAUUCCUAUUACAAAUCGUUAAUUUCUCAGGUCAAGAUUCGUCAAAGACUUUGACUUUUCCCCUGUUUCUGAAACUAACAAUGUGGUGAUGAAUAUUAACAUCAAUUGAAGUGGUAUUUACGAAUUUGCCAUCUGGGAUAUGAGGCUUUUAGUGCGUGUGAUCGAAGCUAGAAACAUGCCUCCAAUGGAUCCGAAUGGGUCAGCUGACCCAUACGUGAAGUUGAAAUUAGGGCACCAAAGGUUUAAGACUAAAGUUGUGAAGAAGUGUUUGAACCCUUCUUGGUGUGAGGAGUUUAGUUUUAAAGUUGAGGAUUUGAAGGAGCAACUUGUGGUUUCUGUGUUUGAUGAGGAUAAGUUUUUUAGUGAUGAUUUUGUUGGGAGUGUGAAGAUUAAUAUUUCUAGUGUGUUUGAUACUGUUGAUAAGUCUUUAGGGACUGUUUGGUACCCUUUGCAGCCCAAGAAGAAGUCCAAGAUUAAAGAUUGUGGUGAAAUUCUUCUCACAAUAUGCUUCUCACAAAACAACCCGCAAUCAGACUUGCAACCACAAGCCGAAAAUGGAGCCAUGUCACCAUCAAGAUCUUCCACAAGUUCAAGAAUGUCAUCCCCGUUGAGAUCAGAGGAAUUAACCGCUCCAAUCAAGGAAGAAAAGUCAAACAAAGAAAAACUUACCGGUCUAAUCUCUCAAAUAUUUAGCAGAAACAACGAGUUACUACCGCAAUCAGCGGGUAACAAAAACACUGAGUUACCCGAGGUGCCCGAAACCGAUGAAUCCGAGGUAUCCGAAGACAAAACCGACGAACAAUCAUCAUCAUCGUCAAAUUUCGAGGAACUUAUCAAAAAACUCGAGGAAAAAGACGACGGUGGUGAAAUGCCUGCGAAUUUACCCGGAGGGAUAAUGUUAGAUCAGAUGUACGCAAUUUCACCGUCUGAAUUAAACACUUUUCUCUUUUCACCGGAAUCGGAUUAUCUGAAACAGUUGGCAGAUGUUCAAGGAAGUACCGAUCUACAAGUGGGCCCAUGGAAAUUCGACAACGAAACCGGAAGUUUGAAAAGAACGUUUACCUACGUUAAAGCACCGUCUAGAUUGAUCAAAGCUAUAAAAGCGAUCGAAGAUCAAACAUAUCUGAAAGCUGACGGUAAAUGUUUUUCGGUUUUAGCAAGUGUGAACACCCCCGAAGCUCCAUACGCGAGCAACUAUCGGGUCGAAGUUCAAACGUCAAUAUCACCGGGGCCCGAGCUUCCGUCAGGCGAAGAAUGCUCACAUUUGGUCGUCUCGUGGAGAAUGAAUUUCAUACAUAAUACAAUGAUGAAGGGUAUGAUAGAAGGUGGGGCCCGCCAAGGUGUAAAGGAGAGUUUUGAACAAGUAGCGAGCUUGUUAUCUGAAAAACUAAAGGUGGUUGACGUAAAAGGUAUUGGUUCGGAAAAAGAACAGGCGUUGGCUUCAUUACAGGUGGAAAAGCAGUCGGAUUGGAAGCUUGCGGUUCAAUAUUUUGCUAAUUUCACCGUAAUUUCCACUAUCUUAAUGGGAUUUUACGUGCUUGUGCACAUAUUUCUAUCGAUGCCUAGUACAAUUCAAGGGCUUGAGUUCGGUGGGUUGGAUUUACCGGAUUCGAUCGGUGAAGUUGUUGUGUGCGGAGUACUGGUUUUACAAGGCGAAAGAGUUAUGCAUUUAAUAUCAAGAUUUAUGCAAGCGCGAGUGCACAAAGGGGGUGAUCAUGGAAUAAAAGCAACGGGUGAUGGAUGGCAACUAACUGUUGCGUUGGUUGAAGGAUGCAAUAUACCAACGGUUGAAUCAAACGUUUUAUCUGAUCCAUAUGUGGUCUUUACGUGCAAUGGGAAAACAAGAACAAGCUCAAUUAAAUUUCAGAAGUCUGAUCCUCGCUGGAACGAAAUAUUUGAAUUUGAUGCAAUGGAUGAUCCACCUUCUACACUGGAUGUUGAAGUUUUCGAUUUCGAUGGACCUUUUGAUGAAGCCGUAUCUCUGGGACAUACACAAAUUAAUUUUGUAAGAAGUAAUAUUUCUGAGUUAGGUGACGUGUGGGUUCCACUCCAAGGGCAGUUAGCUCAAGCGUGUCAAGCUAAGUUGCAUUUAAGGAUAUUCUUGAAUAAUACACGAGGUAGCAAUAUUAUUAAAGAAUAUUUGACCAAGAUGGAAAAGGAAGUGGGAAAGAAGAUAAAAGUACGCUCGCCUCAGACAAAUUCAGCUUUUCAAAAGCUGUUUAAGCUUCCACCCGAGGAAUUUUUAAUCAAUGAUUUUACUUGUCACUUGAAGCGCAAAAUGCCCCUUCAGGGGCGUUUGUUUCUGUCAGCAAGAAUCAUAGGGUUUCACGGAGACUUGUUUGGACACAAGACAAACUUUUACUUUCUGUGGGAGGAUAUCGAAGACGUUCAAGUGCUCCAACCUACUUUAUCAUCAAUGGGUAGUCCCGUCGUGGUUAUCACGUUACAUCCUGGCCGAGGCUUGGAUGCAAAACAUGGUGCAAAGACACAAGAUGCAGAAGGCCGGCUUAAAUUCCAUUUUCAGUCGUUCGUGUCUUUUAACGUCGCACACAGGACAAUCAUGGCGCUGUGGAGGGCGAGAGCCUUAAGUCCUGAACAAAAAGCAGAAAUAGCCGAAGAAGAAUCCGAUGAUAAAAAUCAACAAAUUCUUGAAGACGAUGAUCCCGAAAACAGAAGCCUCCAGAGUGAAGAAAGUGGAUCCUUCUUAGGACUUGAGGAUGUCAGCAUGUCUGUUGUAUAUUCCUCUGUUCUUUCAGUUCCGUCGAAUUUUGUGAUGGAGUUGUUCAGUGGGAGUGAAUUGGAGCGAAGAGCGAUGGACCGAGCCCAUUGUGUUAACUAUUCAACGAGCCCGUGGGAAUUUGAAAAGACUGAUGUUUAUCAACGGCAAACUUAUUACAAGUUUGACAUUAGUGUUUCUCGUUACGGAGGAGAGGUCACCUCAAGUCAACAAAAAUCCCGUCUAACUGACAGAAACGGUUGGCUCGUAGAAGAAGUCACAACUCUCCACGGGGUCCCGCUUGGCGACUAUUUCACUCUACAUACAAAGUACCAAAUAGAGGAUCAAGGGUCAAGAUCCACAGGAUGUAAAGUGGUGGUGCAUUUUGGGAUUGCAUGGUUGAAAAGCACCAAACACAAGAAAAAGAUUACCAAGAACAUACACGCGAAUCUGCAAGACCGUAUGAUGAUCAUGUUCAGUACAAUCGAGAAGGAAUUCGUAUCUGGAAAACAAUAGCUUCAGACAUGAUUUUAGAGUGAAAGAAGAAUGUACCUUCACUUGUAACACCGGGAAGCAGUUUUCGUGGGCUCUCGGUGACAACUCACAAAAGCAACGACGGGUCACAAGCAAAAGCGGUCUUGAGGGAACACGCUCAGCCGGGUCAUUUUGUAAUUUGAUAUUUAUAUUUGUACAGUUUGAUGAUUGUAAUAAUGCUUUUGGAAUAGCAUAUAUAGUUGUGUACAAGUGUAGGAAGUAGUCUAGGCUGGUAAGAUUCAUGUAGACAUUUAUCACGUUUAUAUACUUCUUAUUUUUAAUCCAAAAUUGAUAUUUUAGACAAAAAA